AUGUCGCGCCUUCCAGAUACGGUGCUAGGCGCCAUAGCAGGUGUACUUGAGGCCUCCGCCAUCUUGCAGCCGGACAGCGCAGAGUAUGAGCAGGACAACCACUCAUACUUUAGUGCUUUUGAGAACGAGUUGGACCCGUCUGUUAUAGCAAAACCAAAUAGCGCAAAGCAGGUGCAGGACUUGAUCAAGGCCCUUCGCCCUCACAUUAUCGCCGGAAGUGUUCAGAUCGCCAUUCGAGGCUCCGGCCAGACUCCCUUUGCAGGGAGCGCCAACAUUGAUAAUGGCGUUACCAUCGAUCUGAGAGGUCUCAAGGGCAUCACACUGAGCGAGGACAAAUCCACAGUGGCAAUCGGUGUUGGUGAAACCUGGGCGAAUGUGUACGCUGAGCUGGAACAGCAGCACCUGACGACCCCCGGCGGCCGUGUAGCUCGACUUGGUGUCUCUGGAUUCAUUCUUGGCGGUGGACUAUCAAUGUUCUCGGCGCGCUACGGCUUUGCGUGCGAUUCGGUAGUUGAGUUUGAAGUUGUACUCCCAUCCGGAGAAAUCGUUCGAGCGAACGCAGAUGAGCGAGCCGACCUCUGGAUCGCCCUCAAGGGCGGUUUGAACAACUUUGGCGUUGUCACCUGCAUCAAGAUGAAGACCAUUCCCUCUAGGAACAUCUGGGGUGGAGUGACGUAUUACAUGCCCGGCACAUUCUCAGAACUCCUCAAGCACGCAUGUGACUUUACCAACAACGAGACAGAUGAGGAUGCUCACAUCAUGUGCAGCGCUGGUUACGUCUUUGGCCACCAGGCUGUUUCGUGUGUCAUGUACCAUACGGAAGGCAAGGAGAACCCACCUGCGCUCCGGCGGUUCACGUCCAUAGAGCCGCAAAUAGAGCAGAUGUGCACUAUGAGAACAUCGAAGCAUUUGGAGUUCACCGAGGAGCUGUCCCGGUUUUCUAACGAUGGGCAAAGGCAAUAUUGGGCGACAAUUACCAUCAAACCAGAUAUUUCUCUGAUGGAAACGUUUCAUGAUAAAUGGCAGGAGACUCUCGCUACAAUCCAGGAUGCCGAAGGCUUCAUUUUCUCCUUUGGAUUUCACCCUUUGACAAAGGCACUUCUUGAGAACUCCGAGAAGGCCGGAGCAAGGGAGAAGGGUCUGCUGCACCGAUACAUUUUCACCAACUAUGGAUACCAGAAGGAUGAUAUUAUUGCUGGCUAUGGAGAGAAGAGCGUCACAAGACUCAGGGAAACCAGAAGAAAGUAUGACCCGGAGGAUGUAUUCAGCAGAGGCGUCCCUGGCGGGUUCAAAUUGCCGAACAAAAGCUAA